CAGAAACUAUAACACACCUUCAUAACAUAGCGUCCGUUGCUAAAUAUUCCCAAUGUAACGAGACGUUGCGCUUAUAGCUAGUGUCUUAAUGCUUGUGUCGUAUUGUGAACAAAUAUGGAUUUAGAGCAGGAGGAAACCAUCGCGACCGAUGACGACAGUGAUGAUGGUGAUGCAGACCACAGCAGGUGGAUGUUGACAGAACAUCAGUUCUCCUCCGCCACUGUCGCCUCUCUUCGUGUGCUGAGUGAAGAGAUUACCCCUCAGAUUGACCUGCAGUGUCGCACUGGACAGAGCAGAAAUACAUCCACAACAAAACAGCAAACUCACAGCGCUGUGGUUACACCAACACAUCCUGUAAGAGUUAGAGCUCUUGUUAACGAAGAAGGAAGUUCUUCAGAAAGGGAACCCAGAGAAGUGUUGAGACCCAUUCCCACACAUGGCACCAUCUCAUUAGAUGCUUCUCACCAGCAGCCUGGGCCUACCUUGAGACGUUCAGUGAGAAUAAAUGGCAAAGCAGUUGGAACAAAAGCUGAUCCAAUGGCCACAAUGAAGAGCACUCAACUCCUGAAUACUCAACACAGGCAUAUGUCCCUGCCUUCCAAAAGGAAGGAGAGUCCAGACAAUAAAGAGUACAAUAAGGCAUUCAAUACACCUUUGACUACACGUGAUAAACCAACAUUACUCGCUAAACCUUACAUUAGUUCAGGUUUCAGUGGCAAGUCAGGGAAAGUCCUAUCACUCAAGUCCAUCCACAGACGGAAUCAUUUUGGAGAGACAAAGCUGCAUUUAGCCGUGAUGAAGGGAGACAUUCAAGACAUCAAAGACUUGAUCACAGCGGGUGCUUCCGUUAACAUACCAGAUUAUGCAGGAUGGACUCCACUCCAUGAGGCGGUGCAAAGAAACAAGUAUGACAAGACAGAAAUUUUACUCGAAGCUGGAGCCGAAGUCAGCUGCAGAGGACAUAAUGGAAUUACACCUUUACAUGAUGCCAUAUAUUGUCAGUAUUACAAGAUUGUAGAACUACUUCUGAAGUAUGGUGCUGAUCCAUUAUCAAAGUGUGACAGAGGAAAGACUCCUUUGGAAAUGACAACAGACAGAUCUAUGUACAUACUGGUGGAGAAAUAUCUGCAGAGGUCUAAAAGUGAUCCAGCUGAAAAUCCACCCAUCACCGAUUCUGCAGUUAAUCCGAGUUUGAUCCAAAGAAACAACCAGAUCUCCAUCAAAGAGACAAGAGCUCCUCUUCAGAAAUCAACAGGAACUGCUAAUACAAGUGGGCAUGAAAGCAGCCUGCAGUCUGGUGAAGCUGAACUCAUUCCCGGUCCAAGCAGAGGACAACCAAGCUGUGAUCCAUCCAUGAGGUUUCAGGCCUCUUUCAAAGUGAAACCAUCACCUCAGACUAGCAUCAAUGUACUGUGGCCUUUGAGGGACCAAGAGCAGGAUCAGAACAGCGAGGGAUCAGACACCUCAGGCUGCCUAGACAGUGAUGUUACAGUGGAUUACAUUGAAGAUUAUUCAUCAUCACCAGAACAUUGGACUCUAUGUGCCACUCAAGAUUUCUCUGGUUCCUAGAGCAGUAGGGAUGUUUCAGUAGAUUGUCAAAUAUCUAAUAAGUUAAUUUAGUUGACGUUUGACACUUAAAAAUUGGGUUGUUUUCUGUAAGUUAAUUCUCUUAUGCUCUUUUACAUCAUUUGUGUUGCAUGCUUUUACAAUGAUACUAAUACAAAAUACAUUAUAAAAUGUAUAGUCUGGUAUAAAAUCAAAAUGUUGGAAUUUUACAGAUGUAUGUUUUUGACAUUAAUUACAUUUGUUUUGUUUUGUUAUGUUAAGUAAGUAGUGUUAUACAAGUAUGUCAUUUAAAAUGCAUAAUAGCAGAUCUACUCAUUUUUCCUCGUUAGGAAAUUACUGUAUGAUACAAUGUGGAGUUCCCAGAAUAAAGAAAUUAGGUUUAAACAGUCCUGAAAA